AUGAACAAAACCCGGCUGGGGUCGCCCCGAGCGUGUCGCAGCCCGAGUGCUUUCAGUUACUCCAGGCUGCGGGGACAGGGUAGACGGGAGGGUCGGAGCCGGGGCGGCCGGCGGCAAGGAGCGGGCGGCGGGGAGCGGGAGAGCGGGAAGGAGACCGAGGAGGGGGCCGCGCGCGCGCCCCAGAGCCCUCCUUGCCCCGAGGCUUCGCCCUCGCCUCUCCCCGGGGCCGGCCCCCCGGCCGGCCGGGCCGCGCCCCCAGCUCCACGCCCCGGCGGCGCCUCCGCUUCUAGGCCGCGCCCCCGCCGGGCCUGCGAGGCGCAGGGCGCGACGGGCGCGCCAUGGCAGCGGCAGCAGCCGGAGCGGCCGGGCCCUGAGGCGGCGGCGGGGCCCGAGAGCCGGCCGGCGAGUCCCUGCGCCGCAGCCCCGGAGGGCGGGACCGAGCCGCGUGUGUCGGCGACUGGGUCGGCGACGGCCGAAGCCGCGGGGGCAGCCGCGAUGGCGACCCAGGAGGCGGCCGGUCACGACCCUGGCACCGCGGCGCCCCCCGACGGCAGGAAAGAGACCCUGCGCCUGCUGGACGAGCUGCUGGCCGAGUCGGAGGCCUGGGGCCUGGUGGAGCCGACCCCGCGCGGCCCAGCCCGGCCCGGAUCUCGCCCCGCCACGGGCGCCGGGAGCGCGGAAUCCCCAGAACAGAGCGCAGGAGACCACCCAGGGAGCAGCAGUGUCUCCGAAGCCCCGGGCAGUGGUCACAAGAGGCCGGAGAGGCAGUCGUCCAUCUCCUACGACUACGCGGAGGAGGAGCUGAUGGCGAGCAUUGAGCGCGAGUACUGCCGCUGAGGCCGCCCGCCCGCCCGCCCCCACGUGUGGCUGCUCCUGUGUCCUUCACAACCGACCCUGUCACAUUCCACUCAGACGGCGCUCGCAUGGCCACUGUGAGCGGCCGGGUAGAAGGGUGUGCAGGUCCGCAGCUGUCCCCCCAUGUCCCCAGAGGAUGCCGGUCCAGCCAGGGAAUGUUGUUGAAAUGCAGGUCCCAGCCGGGCCCAAGCUGCCGGAGCCCCUGCUGCACCGUGGGGAGCGAGGAUUUGAGCCUAAGCUUUAGGCCUCUGGCUCUUCCUCUCGGCACUGGAGCUGCUCCGGGCCUCAGCUGCCCGCCUGGGCUGGGUGACACAGACCCCGGUGCUAGGCCUGGCCUUGCAUUAACUAGCAGUGGGAUGUAGAGCUCCUCACUUCCCCCUCUGAGCCUCAGUUUCCCUCUCUGGAAAAUGAGCCCUGGAGGCUCUUUGAGGCCCUCCCCAGCUCUGACAAUCUGGGCUCACACAAAUCCAGGCUGUCACCGUCCUUCCCCCAUGGCCCUGGGGCGCAGCGCUGCCUUCCCUGCUGGGCGUGAGCACCUGGGCCCCACCUGGAAGCGUCUCUAAGCCCCCUGCUGGCUACUUCUCCCCCCAUGGUCAGCCCGACUAGGGCCUGUGGGACUUCGUAAUGCUCUCCCUGCCUGCGUGGAAGGAACAAAUCACAGCAGCGAGGCCAGAGAGCCUUCUUAGCAAGUUGCCGGCUGUCAGAGGAGAAAACUGACUUGCCAGGGCGCCCUGGGAGUCCGAGGCGGGCCCUGCUGGAAG